UGCCCCCGCGGGGCGGGUCUGAAGAGCAGGGCGCCGCCUGCCUGUCCGAGCCGUCAAUCACGGCUGGCCCCGUCGCCAUGACAACCGCGCGCCGCCGGGGACGCGCCGGGCCGCGGCCGCACAGAGAAAUCUGAAAAAAUGUUAGAAACUCCCGAAUCCAGCAAGACUACCUUGAUAGGUGGUUCAAGAKCAUCAUCAAAGAAACGAAAGGGUAAAGGCAAAGGUAAAAAAGAUGAAGUUGAUCUUUCUAUGGCCAGUAUAGGCCACCCUGAAAUCUUUCCUUUGGAUUUGACUGCAAAGACCCAAAAAAUUUUUAAGUGCCGAGCUGAUGAAGAUGUCACAGAAGAAAAUUGUUUCAAAUGUAUUAAAAAAGAGGACAUCCUUCAGGACCUGAAAAAAAGAGCUAAGAAGUCUGAUUUCCACCCUUUCAAAAAAGUUAUCCUAGAGUAUCCAGGGGAAGAACUUUUGAUAGUUUUUGAUCCAAGCUUCCAGUAUGGACAGAACUUUUACAUUGUUGCUUCUGAGGAAGCCAAGGAAGAACUUCUAAAGCCUCCAGAACCUGAAGUAGUAGAAGAAGAAAAUGAAGAAGAAGUUCAGGAAGUCCACAAACCUUGGGUUUCCCUUGGCAGYGAAAAGGAAGUUGAAGAAGAAUCUCUUAAAGAAAGGGAUACAAAGAUUAAGUACAAGAUUUCUCGAGUUCGCAGGAAGUUUGGUGCACCAAUUACAUUUACUGAUAAGAACGCUUCAGAUGACAAAGACAGUUAUGCUGAAUGUGCGUCCUAUGAAGACAAAACUUUCACUAUUAAAAUGCUUGAAAGAGAUGUGGGACUGCAAAUAGUUCCAAAAGCAAGAGAAACUAGUACUCAAACAAAAUUGAUCUGUCCAAAAAAUGCAUCCACGCAGUAUUAUCCUAGACAGUUGUCAAAUGAAGAGAAAGCAGAGAGUCUGUCAUCUAAGGCGCUGAAAGACUUUCUUACAACAGUACAUAUAAGAAUGGAAAUUGCAUUGCAGCAAAAUGAAAUUAUGGAUGUUUUUUUUGAUGACUGGAAGGCUCUAGCAGAAGAUGAAAGAAGUGCUGGUGGCGAGCCAGAUGUUUAUCUCAAAGCAUACCAAUCAUUUACAGAUGUGCAGUAUCUCAAGAACARAACCAUUAGCUGCGUUCGCUGUCAUCCAACCAUUGGUGGGAUUAUAGCACUGUCAGCAAGAGAGCAGCCUUGUGAUGAAGAGCAAGUUAACCUUUCUAAUAAAUCAUCACUACCUCAGUCAGUUAUACUUCUCUGGAGUUUUUUUGACCCUAUCUGCCCCCAGUUAAUACUGAAGGCUCCUGAAGACAUUUACUGCUUUCAGUUCAAUCCAAGUGAUCCAAAUGCCAUUGCUGGUGGCUGUGUGAAUGGACAGGUUGUACUGUGGAAUAUUUCUAAAUAUGAAGAACAGCUGCAAAACACAAAUCCUGCUGCUGCUGAAAUCCCUGACACAGAGGGUGAGCCAACAGUGGUGGCAGCAUGGGUGACUGAGUCCCCACUUAAGCAAGUCGAGCCGAGCAGCACAGAGCCAUCUCUAGUGAGCCACUGUGCAGCCUCUUCCACAGUGUACAGUCAUAAAAAUCCAGUAACAGAUAUACAUUGGCUACCACRAAAUCCUGAGGACAACCGAAAGGGUGGUACUUUUGAAAGCAGAGAUGAAAAUUACCUGCAGUUUGUAACCUGCUCCCCUGACUGCUCAGUAUUAUUUUGGGAUAUUCCAGCCAUUGAAUUUAGUGACAAAACUUCAUCUGAGAAAGCAAAGGAGAAGAAAAGACCUCCUAUGCCCCGCGGUGGUCCAGGUACUGAUGAUAAUUUGGAUCUCUCCUGGAAACCUCUCAUAAAGAUAAAUCUGCGCGAAAAGGAUACCAACACUGAGUAUGGUCCCACCAAAAUUAGUUUACGGGAACUGCAGUAUAGUUACAAAACCUCAGGGAGGCCGAAAUCCAUGAGCGCAGUAAGAGCGCCYCCCAAAGAGAGACCAUAUACAGAGAUGAGUACUUUUUCAAGCAAAAAUCUGGAAGUGCUAGACAGUUUUUCCGUUGACUUUUUGGCUGGAAAUGAAGAUGGAGAAAUURUUUAUUCUGACUGGAAAAUGACAACUGCUGGUCGUUCAGCAAAACCAGUUAGUGAGAAGCACUCUGAGAAAUACACCCUUCACACUGAACCUAUCAACACUCUCCAGAAAUCUCCUUUUUUUGAUGACAUCUUUCUAAGCAUUGGAGGCCAGAAGUUUGCCAUUUGGAAAGAAGGGGUUACAAAUGGACCAAUCCUUCAGUCAAGAUGCUCUGCAGGAAGAUACACUGCAGGACAAUGGUCCUUAACAAGACCAGGAGUUUUCUUCAUUGGCAGAGACAAUGGAAAUAUAGAUAYUUGGGACUUAUUGAAGAAAACUCAUGAGCCAUCUCAUUUCCAGAACAUCUCCAAAUCACUCAUCACUUUCAUCAGCACCUGCAGUGCCUCAGAGCAGCAUUUUCUAGCUGUUUCUGAUGAACUUGGAGUACUGCAGAUUUUGGAAAUCUGUCAAACACUAUGUCACCCUUCAAGUAAUGAGCAAGCCAGUGUACUUGAUUACUUUGAAAGAGAAGUCAAAUAUCUGAAGCACUGUCAACAGGAGUUUAAAGAGUAUCAAAAGUUUCAAGCCAAAACAGAAUUGAAAGGAAGCUGGAGACAGAGAAAACGAACGUGACUACAGAAAACAAAAGAAGACAUGGAGUAUCAAGAAAAUGCUCAUUGUGUUGCUGGAGCUGGAGAAGCAGACAGUAAUGGAUUUGGAGGCAAGAAAUAUUUUCCUCAUUGGAGGCUUAGAUCCCAUUAUCACCUUUAGAACAAGCAAGCUUCUGAUUUAAAUAUCUAUUUCAGCUGAACAUGUUUAGCUUUGCAAAUAAAGAAUCUUGCAGUGAGAGAUGAUUG